AUCAAGGAACAGCAGCAAUCAUGAGGGCAUUCAUGAUCCUGACGAUCGCCGCCGUGGCGAUGGCACGGCCAGAAGCCGGCUACUCGUACAGUCCACCAAGCGGAAGUUAUGGUGCCCCUAGCGGUGGGGGUGGUGGCGGUGGCGGUGGUUUUGGAGGAGGAUUAGGAGGAUUGGGUGGAUUAGGAGGAUUAGGAGGAGGCGGUCUUGGAGGCGGACUAGGAGGAGGACUAGGAGGUGGUUUCGGAGGUGGUCUUGGAGGUGGAUUCGGUGGCGGAUCUGGAUUUGGUGGUGGUGGUGGCGGCGGCGGUGGCGGCGGUGGCUUCGGUGGAGGUUCCCUUAUCCAGAAGCACAUCUACGUUCACGUACCACCACCUGAGGCACCCGAGGAUAGACCAGCGAGGCCAAUAGCACCACCCCCGCCACCUCAGAAACAUUACAAGAUCAUUUUCAUCAAGGCACCAACUCCACCUACGCCAACUGCACCGGUCAUCCCAGCAUUACCACAACAAGAUGAACAAAAGACACUUAUCUACGUCCUUGUCAAGAAACCAGAAGAGGCACCAGAAAUCAGUCUACCUACUAUUGCUCCUACGCAACCAAGCAAACCGGAAGUUUACUUCAUCAAGUACAAAACUCAGAAGGAAGUUACAUCUGGAGGUGGUGGUGGUGGUGGUGGAGGAAUCGGUGGUGGAAUCGGUGGUGGCAUCGGUGGCGGCAUCGGUGGUGGUAUUGGUGGUGGUAUCGGAGGUGGUAUCGGAGGUGGUAUCGGAGGUGGUAUCGGUGACGGACACGGCGGAUCAGGAGGUGGUGGAAUCGGGGGAGGUAUCGUUGGUACCGGACCAAGCGGACCAAGCUCGAAUUACGGACCACCUGGAGGAUCCGGCCCAUACUAGUCACAAGACAGCCGAACCGGCCCUAACUCUCUUCUCCAUUCACCAAAUCAUUUUUACACCCACCACGCUUAGUUCUUAUUACGAGCGUAAUUCGACGAGCGCCGAUCCUCAUCACGACGACGAUACGAUAAUAAUAAUGUUCUUAGAUGCGCGCGAAUAUACGAACAUAACGUUUAUAAUAAUAAUGACGAUCGCGAUGUUGAUGGUGAUGAUGACGACGACGAAUACUAUGAUAGCCAAUGAUGCAACAUCAACAACAACAACAACAACAACAACAACGACGACGACGACGAUGAUGAUGACGAUAAAGACGACGACGCCGCCGCUGCUGCUGCCAUUGCUGCUGCUAUUGCUGCAGCAGCAUUCGCUGCUGUUGCUGCUGCCGAUGAUGAUGAUGAUGAUGAUGAUGUUGAUAAAAAUGACGACGAAGAUAAUGAUGACGAC